GGGGGGGGGAGCACCUCCUCCUCCUCCCCACACUCCGAAUCACGAUGACCGAGGGAACAUGAUGCAGUGGCGCAGCACUGUAGUAACUACUACACGAAGUUGGAAUUUUACAGCUUGGCAUCUGCCGGGCUUCCUCCGGAUCGGAUUCCUGAGAAACCUCCUGCGGGAGCUGAAGGCGUUUGAGAGCGGCUGCUGCCGGGACCCAGCAGAGAGCAGUAGUUGGCUUGCGCUGCGUCUUCCUAGACGAGAGACGUUUCUGGUGGUGCCGGAACCCCUUUGCGCCGCCGCCGCAGCAGACUUUUCUCCAGGAGCCGCUUAGCUGAUUCACACCGCUCACAACCUCCUUCAAUUAGCAGCAGAAGCAGCAGCAUCCCUUGGGGGAUAAUAGCACCACCGGCCAUCGGAGGAGGAGGAGAGGGCGGGGACUGAGCGGCUGCCCUGCUGCUGGCGAGUGUUACCAACAGGCCAGCUGCAGCAGCAGCAGGCGCCCAGGAUCUCUCAACAAUGCAGGGCAGGAAGCCCUCGGAUCUCGGAGCAGCAGCCGGGGAACGCGCCCGCUGCUUUUGAUCCUCACGUUCGAGUCGGAUCCAACUCGGAACUCGUCUCCACGGCGAUCGCGCUCGGAAACGAGAGGAGCUGGAAGUUGGCAGGGGAUCCGGAGAAGGGGCUCUGCCGUGCGCGCGCGCGCGCGGGUUGGUGGGUGCCUCCCUCUGUUUCUUCCAAAGGCUGAUCUUGCUCGCCUCCCCUUGCUGUCACUCGGGAUAUUUGGGCAAGAGGCGAGCCCGCGAGGAGUGAUGGAGGCCGCCGCUGCCAUCGGGUUGCGAUGAUGGGAGAGCGACGGAGGUCGAGCUCGGCUGCAAGGGAGACGGCGAGAAGGGGCAGCGGGACGGGGGCAGCGCACCAAGCCUUGAAGGAGCAGAGAGCAGCUUUUCUCCGGAGCCCUUGCGGGCCAGCACUUCGCCCUGAGGAGCAGAGCCCAGACAGCGCUUCUUCAUCCGGCUUCUGAUCCAGCCUGGAAGGGAGAGAAGCGGGAGCCCUGAAGGGAGCAGGUGCCCCUCGAGAAGGUGGGGGGAACAGGGAGCCCCCGUCGCCUGUAAAUUGGGGGCGACAGAGGACGGAGGCGACGACUGCGAAGGAGCAGCGCGUGGCUCCCUGGAAUUAUUAUCACUACCACCCUGCUUGGAGAGGGGUCAGAAAAUAGGUCUCCCAGUCCCCGUCCUCUGGUCCUUCUGACAGCCCCCCCCCCUCCCCCCGGGCGGGCUGGGCUUUGGGCUCACUGCCGGCCCGCUUCUUCCUUCUCCUCAGCUGCCAUGUGUUGUGGCUGCCGCCUGUCGCGCGGCCUCCGCUGCUGGUCUCCAUGCUCCUAGGGGCGUCCUGGCUGUGCUCUUCCAAGGCCGCCGCCGCCGCCGCCGAGAAGCGGGCUGCCGAGGAGAGGCGGAGGCGGCGCGCUGCUGGAGGAGGUGGCGGUGGUGGCGGCGGCAUUAACGGCGAGGGGCCACCAUCCGCCGCCGCCGCCGCCGCCUCCGGAGGGACCAUGGACGAGUCUUCGCUGCUGGACUUGCUGGAGUGCUCCGUGUGCCUGGAGCGCCUGGACACGACGGCCAAGGUGCUCCCGUGCCAGCACACUUUCUGCCGCCGCUGCCUCGAGAGCAUCGUCAGCUCCCGCCACGAGCUGCGCUGCCCCGAGUGCCGCAUCCUGGUGGGCUGCGGGGUCGACGAGCUGCCCGCCAAUAUCCUCCUCGUCCGCUUGCUGGACGGCAUCCGGCAGAGACCCCGCGCCGCCGCCGCUGGCAACGGAGCCCCGGGGAGCCCCACAGCCCCGGGCAACGCGGCUGCUCCCAGUGCGGGCAACCCCGCAGCAGCAGCAGGAGGGGGAAACAACCCUGUUCCCGCCACUAACUCCGGCUGUCACCCCGUGGUGGCGGCGGCUACAGCAGCCUCCCCAGGCUCCCCUAGCAGUGCCGCCGCUGCAGCCGCAGCCUCAGCCGCCGCCAGCCUGAGAGAACUGGCCGCCGCUAGCCGGAGCGCCCUGCUGAAGAACUCUCAACUUCCCUACGGAAAAGCCCUCUAUGCUUAUGAAGGCAAGGAACCCGGUGACCUCAAGUUUAACAAAGGAGACAUUAUUAUACUGCGACGAAAAGUAGAUGAGAAUUGGUAUCACGGGGAACUGAAUGGAAAUCAUGGCUUUUUCCCAGCAAGCUAUAUCCAGUGUGUCAAGCCCCUCCCACCAGCUCCACCUCAGGGCAAAGCACUUUAUGACUUUGAAAUAAAGGACAAGGAUCAAGACAAGGACUGUUUGACCUUCACCAAGGAUGAAAUUUUGACUGUCAUCAGGAGAGUAGAUGAUAAUUGGGCGGAAGGAAUGCUGGGAGAUAAGAUUGGAAUAUUUCCUAUCCUCUAUGUAGAGCUCAACGACUCAGCUAAACACCUUAUUGAGAUGGACAAGACCAAUCUAACUUCCGCAUCUGGCAGUGAUGUCCCUUUGCCAGCUGACACUAACCUGGCAGUAAACAUGGUCCAGUGCUGUACAUUGAACAGUGCCGGAGCAGUCAGUGCCAUUCAGAGGCACAUUGAUGGCAAGAAGAAUGCCAAGAAGCGCCACUCCUUCACUGCUCUCAGUAUGACACACAAAUCUUCUCAGGCCACGAAUAACAGGCAUUCCAUGGAAAUUAGCGCCCCUGUCCUCAUCAGCUCAAGUGACCCCCGUGCUGCUGCCAGAAUUGGAGAUGUGACUCAUCUCUCAUCCAGCGCUCCAGUCCAGGAUUCUACUUUCGCUGGAACUGCAUCCAUGACUGGACCCAGAACAAGUGCAGUCAUUGGAGAUCAGGGAACACCGUCAAAGGUCCAACUGCCCCUCAACAUCUACUUGGCAUUAUAUGCAUACAAGCCCCAGAAGACGGAUGAACUGGAACUACGCAAGGGUGAAAUGUAUCGCGUUAUUGAGAAGUGUCAGGAUGGCUGGUUCAAAGGGACGUCUUUGAGAAACGGCAUGUGUGGAGUCUUUCCAGGCAACUACGUAACUCCUGUUUCGAGGGUUCCUGCCGGAGCUGGUCAGCCGAGGACUUUGGCAGGAGGGUCUCCCACAGCCAAAGGCUCUCCGGGAGCUGUCCACCCAGGAAGCCCGGCUCUUACAAACACCGCUGCUGUUGUCAGGCCAGCUGUUCCAAUCACUGCUCCGCCCACUCAGCCCCAGCUGCCAACAGCCUCUCCGCAGAUGAAUAAUUGCUUGAGGUAUUCCUCUCAGCAGACAGGCAUCCAGCCCCGCAGUUCUGUACAAAUGGUUGUCCACCCUUCUGUGCAGGCACAGGACCGGCCCACAGCUACAGUCUCACCACUAAGAACCCAGAACUCCCCAUCCCGCCUCCCAAGCACUGUGGUCAGGCCACACUCUGUGGUUUCCCCGCAACACAUCCACCACUCCCCUGUGCACAUCAUCCCUGGAGCACAGUGUGCCAGGCCCAUGAUUCCCCUCACAUCGGCGGCGGCAGCGAUUACUCCUCCCAACGUCACUGCAGUCAACCUGAAUGGAGAAGCAGGAAACGGGCCCAUCAGUAGCCUGGCGACUUGCAGUCCAACCAACACAGCCUGCAAAGCAGAAGAGAGGAAAAACGAAAAGAAAGAAAAGAAAAGUGGGCUGCUGAAACUUCUAGCAGGAGCAUCAGCAAAAAAGAAAUCCCGCUCUCCUCCGUCUAUGUCCCCAACGCACGACCCUUUGGCAGUGAUGGAAGGGAUGCUGCAGGGUGCUGUGGGACCUGAACUAUCCUCUCUCUCUAGCCAUGGGAGGGCAGGCUCAUGCCCGAUUGAAAGUGAAAUGCAAGGAGCAAUGGAGAUGGAGCCUCUGCACAGAAAGACAGGCUCUUUGGAUUUGAAUUUUCCUCUUCCUUCUCCCAUAAGGCAGCUUCCGCCUUCAAUGGCAGCCAUCCGUCCAGAACCCAAGCCAUUGUCUCGAGAAAGGUAUCGUGUUGUGGUCCCCUAUCCCCCACAAAGCGAAGCCGAGAUUGAACUGAAAGAAGGCGACAUCGUGUUUGUCCACAAGAAAAGGGAGGACGGCUGGUACAAAGGGACCUUGCAGAGGAACGGCAGGUCAGGCCUCUUCCCUGGGAGCUUUGUGGAGAGCUUCUGAGGGCUUGAGCUCCACGCUUUUUGGACUCGAAGGACCUUUCACAGGAAAUUCCAUAGCACAAAAGAAAGAAAGAAAGAAAGAAAGAAAGAAAGAAAGAAAGAAAGAAAGAAAGAAAGAAAGAAAGAAAGAAAGAGCGAAGGAAAACUUUCCUAAUAUCCACUGCCAUAAUAAGAACUGUAAUUAUUAUUUCCAAAGACUCCGCAGGCUCUUUGAUAUUCAGCCCAGGAGAUGAUGUCUCUUGCUGUGCUUUCAAACCCACGUACGGUACAUACAAGCAGUAUUGCUGUAGUCGUGCCUUCCACUCGGAAUUGAAGACUGAGAGGACACACAUUCGGGUUGUAUCUUAAGCUAAAAUCCAGCCGCCACACUUUGUGUAAAUGAUAAAGUAUGUUUUUAAAAAGGGGGGGAUUAAGAAACUUGUUAUAUUGCUGUAAUUUAUUUGUCUGAGCUGCAGUGUUCUUAUUACUGGCCUAUGCAAGAGGGACUGAGUUUCAAGAGGAGUGCAAGGGGACUCUUGAACUUGUCUGUUUUCCCAGGUGGAGGUAAAGGAAGCUCAUGGAUGAAACGGAACCCACUGAAAUCUGCACACUGUUUGGCUAGACAGAAUUUGGGAGUCCAAAACAUUGCCAGCAUUCCUUUCUAAUAGAUACCUCAAAAUAUUCUGCUUAAGAAUACUAGUCAGGGCCUUUUCAUACACCGUAUACCCCGAGAAAAAUAUUGAGAGUAGUGUUCCCAGUGUCAGGCGAGUCAACACUGGAAAAGUGCAUUUUCCCACGACUUCCCAACCCAUUCUGAAAGCCAAAUCCUAUGUGUGACAAUGGACCGCAUGACAAAGUCCCAUCGAGCAAUGUGGACACCACAUUGAUACUUUUUCUCUUGUCACUGCAUCUCCAGUAGUUAGCUUAAUAGCGCAUCAAAGAUUUCAUACGAGGAGCCAACAAUCUGAUAUGCUGGACUAUCAUCAACUACAUGACGUUUUGGUUAGCCAUUACUUUUCUUUUCUUUGCAGCAUUUUAAUUUUGAUUGUUGCUUUAAUGUAUUUCAGACAAGAGAGCUUUUAUACAAUGUACUUUUCUAAUGCAAGAAAUGUUAUACAUUGCAAACUCCAUAUAGAUAAGGAAAGGCCUACUUCACAUACAUACGGCGCUACUUUCCAUUAAAAAAAACCCAGUUAAGAAGUACUUGAUUUGGCAUAUCGCAUUAAAAAAAAAAUGUUCUCAAGUGUGCAAAAGAUCUUACAGUUGCCAUACUUGCUACUGACAUUGAAGCAACUGGGGCCAGGAUACAGAUAGGACCACAAGCAGAACAAAUCCUUGUGAAACACUCUGCAUCAGGACGGAGUUCCCAAACUGGUCUGUAUACUACCAGUGGUCCAUGUGUUUCAUUCAGUUGGUCCAGCACGUGUCUAUGGAUGAAAAUGGGAGAUCCCAUAUCCAUUGCGUUAAAUAGACAUCUUUCUUUUUAAUUGUAUUUUAUUGCUUUUAUGUCUUAUAUUCUAUGGAACUCAAAUUGUAAUACAGAAUAAAAGAAGCAAUAACAAUGCGAUUAAAUAUCAUACAGCAUCUAGUACAACACACUGCAAUUGCUACAACAGGCAGAGAAAUCGUCAAGUGGCCCUCAGCAAUUUCAAGUGGUCCAUGGGGAGGGGGGACAUUUGGGAACCCCUGCUCUAUGUGCAAGGCCUUGCACAAGCUAUGCGUACAAGUGGCUUCGUGAAACAGGCUUCCACAUGGGGAAGGUGUUCUCUGAAUGCACAUUGUGUGAGCUGGUUUCACAAGGUAUAUUACCUUGAUCAGCUUGUGGAAAGCAAAUCUCUGGAUUCUGGUCAGCACCUGCUAUAGUGUGUGAAGGGAAAAAAGUAAGAGAUGGCAAAUAGGCAGAGCGAUUGAAUUCAAUCCAAAGACGCAUGAGUGGAAGGAAAACAGCUUGCUAGUGGCAUUCAGCAAACCCUUACGAAAGAGAUCACACAGUGCUAUAAUAGGUAUGCUCCACAGCAGUACUUGUGCUUUCAACUGCAGGAGAACAUCUGUGGAUUUAUGCAAGGCUAUUGCAUGAGCUGUAAAAUAGCUGUGCUGUGAGAGGAACCCCCCCUCCACACGCAGAAGGGCACCUUUGGAUUCAACCCAUUAUUCAUUUACUGAAUGAAAUUCCAUUGGUUAGCUCAGAUACCUACACAUUCAUUUAUCAUCUGUUGUAUUAGAAGAUACUACUAUGUGUAUUUUUGUACCCUUUAUUGUCGCUAAUGUCAGGCUCCUAAGGAUCAAAACCUUUCUAUUGCUUGCUCCAUACAACCAAAGGAGGGGAGGGGGAGAGUCGGAAUCUUAAGAAUCACUAAAUAUACAGUGGCCUGUUCCUUACACACAAAUAUAUUGUGUCGGGAGCCUCUUCAAAGCAUAGUACGCUGUCUAGACAGCGAUAAUUACUGGAGAUUUGGGAGCUUUUCCAGGAGGAUUCAUUUUAAUUGACUUCUACAUGGCAAUAAAAAGAACACUGCAGGUUCCCGCAAGCACAGAACGUUGGAAUUUUUAUUUCUCUCUGUCUCUUAACAUCAGAGAGAAGAUGGCUGUAAUUACCACUAUCAAAAUGUGAUUUGUUUCUGUAGAAAUGUAUAGUUCUGAACAGUGUUUGGUUUUCUAACCUGGGUCAAGCUACAUAAUAAUAAUAAAAUAUUCAGGCAAUAGAAGCUUCCAGCAACCAAGAACUUAAAGGUGCAAUAAAUACCGGUAGGAAGCAAGAAAAUAAACCUGUCAUAAGUCAGCUGGUGACAUCUGUUUUAAAAAAUUGUCAAAGAGACAGAAGGGUAUUUUUAGCAAUGUCUUUUGCUCGGUUUAAUUCAGGCAGUGUAUACUGGAAACACCAUCCAAAAUCUUCCCAUUGUAAUGUAUUACUUUGUCCUGCAUAAGCUACACUCUUCUCAUUCUAAGAUAUGGGCAGAAAUCGAGAGACAUAGCCCAUUGCUUCUUCAAAAAGUAGGGGAAUGUUUUUGUACUCUCUUAAUUUUAACAUGCCAGACUAACAGCCCAAUCCUAAAACUUGCUGAAACAAUCACCAGGUACUUGGAUAGAUUAGACCCAUUUCUGAUUACACCAGCUCUGAGGGCAGAUACUCAUGCACAAAUAAUUAUGGGGCGCUAGCUAUACUCUAGGAAGCCAUAUUCCGUGAUGGAAAUAUUCAGAUAAUCUCUCUUCUAUAUAGAAAAGCUGGUACAACAAUACAAACAACAUGUAUUUCAUUCACCAGGGAGUCUGUGGCAUACAAAGAUUAAAGAGAGGGUAUGUGGAAGUAGUAAAAGUGAGUUCAAAAACAUUUCAGCUGUUACUCAGGUUACUUUCCAUCUUCUGUGGGAUCCUCUAGGUAGAACAUCUAGCUUCAGCUAGAGCUACCCUAGAGCAGACAUGCCUAAACCUAUUCGGCUCAAAGACUGUAAUCGCCCUCAGCCAGCCCUGUGGCACCCACAGGUCAGUGAUGUAGCCACCCCACAUUCUCACAAAGGCACACUCCCCCCCUCCCACAGCAGAUCUCUAUAGAUCAGCUGAGGAGGGAGAUAUUACCACCUCCCUGCUCAUCAAAUCAUCCUUCUGAUGACUGGACAGGGAGCCAAUUUACGUCCCUGUCAGAUUCACUGGGCCGCAUUCCUUACUAAAUCUCUCCAACCCCUCCCAGGGCCGUGUCAACUUUUAUUGUUGUUUCUUUUGCCACUGCUACCAAACUUGGAGGGGCUUGAGGGUGGGCCAGGUGAGGCCCCAGAAUGGUCAUUAGCCACCCCAGUUCUACAGGAGGCUAAGGGGAGUGUACCCGAGGAUAUUGGCAUGCCCUUAUUUCCAGCUAUCACUCAUGUCUCUCAAGCCCAUUUCAAUUAUUACCCCAACACACACACACACCAGUAUCUGCCCUUCCUGUCUUCUCCUGUGGAGGGGAGUGAUUUAGGCACUGGUCUGGUCAGAGUCAGCCUUCUCAUGAAUUGUCACGAAUUGUCCUGAAGCACACACUUUGGCCAGCCCAUUCUGGGCACAGAGUGAUAUUCCCCCUCCCCUUCCCAUCUACCUCUUCUCAUCAUUUAAAAACAAAUGACACAAUCAAGGCAAAGCUCAACACUUUUAAAUUUUGUUUUCCUUAGAAGAUGCUUAAGUUCCACGUUAAACUUCAAAAUACUCGGUAGGGGGUAAACUGUGUGCUGCACACUAAAACAUGUAAGAGUGCCAUGAUGCCAUUUGUUAAUUUUUUUAAAAAAAAUGAAAGAAAGCAAAACUAGCUGUUUCAGGAGGGGCAGUUAGAGGGAGGAAAUAGGUGGGGUGUGCAACUUAACCCUUCCCCUGCCUGAUGUUUUGUUCCCAAUGGCUCCCUACCCAAUACAGGAUUCCAACCAUGUUUUGGCAUGCAUCUUUGACACAUUCAAGGAAGAGCUGCUUGGGAAUGUGAUUUGGACAGAGAAUACAGUGGACAGCAAAAGGAUGGGAUGGGUGCUCCCUUCUCUGCCACUUCAUUGCUCGAAACCCCCACAUCUCGGAAGUGGCUUUGCUGGUUUUU